GUAAGAAAACAGAGGGGAAGUAAGGAACAUCAGUUUCAAUGUGUUGACUGUUUGUUGAUAGUGUGCGUCGAUUGGUUAUUAAACGUUUAAGUAUUGUUCAAGAUUAUUACUUAUAAAUAAAUAUUUUUACAUUUUCAAGAAUUAUUUUCAUAAUAAUUAUAAAUGUUGCUUAUUUUAUCUAUUACUGAAAACAAUUUAAGUGCACGUUCCAGAAAAAACUUUAAAGUGUCAAAAAAACACAAGACUUUUUCAUGUAAUUGUCAUUAACGGUCAAAGGCUUAAAAAUGUUAAAUCAAGCAGUAGUUGACGCUCUUUACUCGGCAACGUACAUCGAAAAUUAUCUAGACUGGGUUGAAAAUUUACCAGAUGAUUUACAACGACACGUUUCUCGCUCUCGAGAAUUGGACGCCACUUGUCAAAAAUUUCUUCGAGAAGUGGAUCAACAAUUGGAAAUUCUAACAAACGACGUCGAUAGCACAACUCGGAAUAGAGCAUUACUUCGAGUGCAGCAGGCUUUAAUUGCCGCUCAAGAAAUAGGCGAUGAAAAAUUACAAAUUGUUCAACAAGUUCAAGAUCUUAUAGAGAAUAAAUCCCGUCAAUUGGAUUUAGAUUAUCGUAACUUGGACUUUGGGAAGGAGCAGGAAAAUAAUGAAGGGACGAGGGACACAAAUUCCGUGAUCAAUGCGAGUACAGCCGGCAAUAUCAAUAGUGCUGAGAGGCCGACGAAACGAGCACGAAGAACGAGAACCGAGACCUUGGUUGAAUCAGCUCACGCUAUGGACAUGAUGACAAUGUCAGAAACACGAUCGGCAAAUAUUCCAAACAACUCGAAUGGCAAUCAGAAGAAGACGACUGCAACAACUACUGGUAAAAAGAAGAAACGAAAGGCUCGCCAAGGAAACCAACAAAAUCAACAUCGGGAGGAUACUCCACCGCCACAAGAAGACGAUUUGGCCAUUGAUCCAGACGAACCGACUUACUGUCUCUGUGAUCAAAUUUCUUAUGGUGAAAUGAUUUUGUGCGACAAUGACUUGUGCCCCAUAGAAUGGUUCCAUUUCUCUUGUGUGUCUCUGACAACGAAGCCAAAAGGGAAAUGGUUCUGUCCCAAGUGUAGAGGUGAUCGUCCAAACGUCAUGAAACCAAAGGCCCAAUUCUUGAAGGAACUCGAGAGGUAUAAUAAAGAAAAAGAAGAGAAAUCGUAGCAACAGAUUUCGUUUUAUAAAACUAUAAAGUCGAUUAACUAAUCAAUCAGUACUGAUAUAAUAAAUAAAUAUUCGUUACUGUUGUCAUAAAAGAAGAAUUUUUAAUAUUCUAUUAAGAGGCCAUUCUAAAAAUUCCUAAUGUUUUUUCUUGACAAUUUUACCCCCUCUUUUCUAACGCACUAUCGCCAUUUUUUCUGCUGAUCGUAACAAAUAGUUUGACGUAUUUUUUGAAUGGCCCCUAAAAAGCCUUCGUACUAUCGUGCACGACUUUAAAAUUGGAGAAUAUUAUUCAUUUCUUUUUGUUAAUAAAAGCAAAAUUUAUUUUUUCUACUCCCAGUUUCUAUUGACUUGUUUAAGUGAUGCAAUUUAAUUGCACUUUAAAUUUUAUUCUGUCUUGUAACAAGUAUUUUCUAUAUCAGAAAUUGAUCAUUUAAUAAUAAUUGAUAACUGUACAAUUUUAUGGUUUCAUUAUGUUAAAUAGCCAGUUUCAGUUAUUGUAAUCUAAUAAUUGUACAUACUUUGCAUCUUAUACUUACAGUUGAUGAAAGCUUUUUCGCAAUAUUUUAUCAGGAAUCGUUCAUAAAUUGUUAUCUACUUGUUUUUACUUUUUAAUGAAAACUUGAAAUUUUCAAUAAUACAAUCUGAGACUAAAAUUUCUUUUUCUCUUAUUACCGUAAUUUAUACCUCUCUCUUAUAUGUAUAUAUUUAUGGGUAGUGUAAUUUAUCAACGAUUUCUUAUCGCUUCUUUAAUAAAUUAAUAAAUAAUAAUUAUAAGGACGCCAAUUGAGUAAAAUUAAAAUUUUUAGCUUUAAGCAAUAAUUUCUUACUCAGUGUAUCCUUAUCUUAUGUUUUCAAUUACUUCAAAUUAAAAAUUGAAAAAAUCAAAGUAAUUGUAAACAUGUGUUAUAUAAAAAUAUACAGAAAAUAAUAAGAA